AAAUUCGUUAACAAUGCGGCGAUAUCUAACAUUUGAUGCUAUUUUUAACAGAAAUAAACAGCUGUUAUAAAUUCGUGGUAUUAGAGUGACCAUAUACCAUAUGCAGCUGCAUAAUGGCAUAUACUACAAAAAAGUACCACACCAAAUAAACAACAACAAAACGCAUAGAGGUGAAUGUAAAUAAACGACAGACCAUAAAUUGUAUUUAGCUGGACAAAAACAAAACAAGCGUAGUGAAGUCAUCCUCAAAAGAGUAAAAUAGUCGACACGGAAAACGGUAAACGGCAAAACGAAAGAGAAGAACGUCAAACAAAGAAAGAAAGGCAGAAAGAUAAAAAGUUUGAGUGCGUUGUGAGUGCAAGUUGCAAGUGUGGAAGGAGGGGAAGGAAAGGGCGACGGACGCCCGCGUCGCACCAUGGACGACUACGACAUCGAUAUCGAUUUGAACUUUGUGCAGCUGAGCCGGCAGCAACUGCUGCAGCGCUACACAAACGCAAUGCGGCAGCUGCGACGCCUCGCCGAAGCGAAUUACGGUGUUCGUCCGCUCAGCUUUGACAACUAUGUGAUCUUUCAGUAUUUCCAGCAGCGGAGUCAGGCGCCGCUUUACAAUGCGACCACGCCACUGAUGGCAUAUCUCAAACUGGAGGUACUGCAUCAUUUGCUUGAUCGCCGGCGUAAAAUCUUAUGCUGGCUGUUCUACCUGACGCUCAUGUCGCUGUGUGUGGUCGCCUAUCGCUACGAGACGACAAAUGGUGCGAACAACGCCCGGAUGGUGCAAUCCCUGGUCUAUCCGGGCAUGCGGAUGUGGCGACGCAUGACCAUGCCGCUCAUCCAGCGCUUUCCACGUCUCACCGAGCUCUACGACGAGUCCUGCCUAAUGGGUAAUCCGUUCUUUCAGGUGGAGGAUCUCAGCUGCGGUCCCUGCGCCAACGUGGAAAGCGUCUGGUUGGAAAGUGAUGAAUGCGCGCAGAUCUAUGUCGAUACGGAAAAUGAUGAUACAACAAUCGAAAACAGCAACAACAAUCUGAGUGUUAGCCAACAUGAAGUUGGCUCUUUAGCUGGCUACAAGCAGCUGGCGCAACUGCAGCACUGCCGUAAGCCAAACGAUAACCCCUAUACGUUCCGGAGCAAUCAACAUGGCUUUGAUUUGGGUGAUUUUCACAAGAUUUAUGCCAACAAUUUGAAGAUCUUCCAGCGUGACGCGUAUCGCGUACACUCCACCAACGAUGGCGUCCACAAUCUCGAGGAUCUCUUCGGCCAGUUUAACAGCAGCAGUUCGGAUCCGAAUCCUGAUGAUACGCUUGGAACGCCCGUUUGGUCAACGCAUGCUCACAAUCUGUGGCGAUGUAAUCGCAUGCUGCCCGCCCGUCUCAUGCGUCCCUUCUUUGCCCGUCCAAUGCGUUUGCCCAGCAUGGGCUUGGCCCUGGAACGUUUUGUGGCCAUCGAUACGGCCCAGGCGCCCGCCUAUACUCUGCCAGAGACCGAGUGUCCCAAUGUCUAUGUGCAUCAGGCGGUGGGCAGCCGUUUCAUCAUCUUGCGUCCGACCAGCGAGUGCCGUCAUCGCUGUCGCACUCUGUCCAUGCGUCUCACGCAGUCCUUUGUGCUCAAUUACAAUUGGUUGUACUGGAAACCCAUUUCGGCGCCAGAUCCCAUUUCUGAGUCCAUGUCCAUCAGUCUUAUUGGUUCUCAUUGCUAGAUGGAUCCUCUAUACUACAGAGAUUUUUGGAAAAUGCCCAAACAAAAUUACAACUAUGUUACGAAUUUUGCCGAUCACAACUAACGAAAAACGAAGAACAAAUGUAUCUAGAAACUAGUUGGUUGCGAGAAACAAUAGCUGAAACCAUUCAAAAUGGCAGCUUUAUUAGCUAUAAGUUCUAUGUCCUUAAUUUGUCCUUAUAGUUGAUAAGCAUAGCUUAGCGAUAACAAGUCGGUAUCUUUAUAAAAUUGACUUUAUGUGUUCCACUUGAAGAAAGAUGUUCUUCUGAUUCUGUAACCAAUUGCAUUUAUAUUCGGAUCUAAGUUCUAUUUAUUUUAAUCAUCAUAUAUAAUUCGCCUUAUAUGACCAAGGCGCGCCAUUUAAAAGCCCUUCAAAUUGUAAAUAUGUAUUUGAGUUUGUAAACAUUUUCCAAAUUUUACCAUUUGCCAAAUUAUUAAUUAAUAAAUUCUGCAGCUAUACAUAACAUCCUAUAAA